CAGGUGCUCACCCCGUCACCGCCGCACCCCGGGGCGCGGCCUGGACCAGGCUUUGCAUUUCUGAGGUCUGGGGUGUCGGGGUAGUGGUCCUCCGGUAGGAUCCUCGGCACUGGCUCCGAGCGUGCCAAUGCUUCUGACAGCUGCGGGCUUCUUCCCGAGGUGGAGGGGAGGCAAGGUGGCGAGGUUUCCGCGAGAGCUUGUUUCCAGCAAAAUUGCAAUCGCUUUCCGGCCAGUGGAGCUAGCGCUGCGCGUUUGUGACCGAGUAACGAAGGUUGUCUGAGUGCUUGGGUGCUUUACAGUCCGUGCUCUCAAAGAAGAUGAACGGCACCCUGGACCACCCAGACCAGCCAGAUCUUGAUGCUAUCAAGAUGUUUGUGGGCCAGGUUCCCAGGACCUGGUCUGAGAAGGAUUUGAGGGAACUCUUCGAACAGUAUGGUGCUGUCUAUGAAAUCAACGUCUUAAGGGAUAGGAGCCAAAACCCUCCUCAGAGCAAAGGGUGCUGUUUUGUUACAUUUUACACUCGUAAAGCUGCAUUAGAAGCACAGAAUGCUCUUCACAACAUGAAAGUCCUUCCCGGGAUGCAUCAUCCUAUACAGAUGAAACCUGCUGACAGUGAGAAAAACAAUGCAGUGGAAGACAGAAAGCUGUUUAUUGGUAUGAUUUCCAAGAAGUGCACUGAAAAUGACAUCCGAGUCAUGUUCUCUUCAUUUGGACAGAUUGAAGAGUGCCGGAUAUUACGGGGACCUGAUGGCCUGAGCCGAGGUUGUGCAUUUGUGACUUUUACAACAAGAGCCAUGGCCCAGACAGCUAUCAAGGCAAUGCACCAAGCACAGACCAUGGAGGGCUGCUCGUCCCCUAUGGUGGUGAAGUUUGCUGAUACACAGAAAGACAAAGAGCAGAAGAGAAUGGCCCAGCAGCUCCAGCAGCAGAUGCAGCAGAUCAGCGCAGCAUCUGUGUGGGGAAACCUUGCCGGGCUGAACACUCUUGGACCCCAGUACUUAGCACUUUAUUUGCAGCUCCUUCAGCAGACUGCCUCAUCUGGGAACCUCAACACCCUGAGCAGCCUCCACCCGAUGGGAGGCCUCAAUGCGAUGCAGUUACAGAAUUUGGCUGCACUGGCUGCCGCAGCUAGCGCAGCUCAGAACACACCCAGUGGUACCAAUGCUCUCACUACAUCCAGCAGUCCGCUCAGCGUCCUAACCAGUUCAGCAGGGUCCUCACCUAGCUCCAGCAGCAGUAACUCUGUCAACCCCAUAGCCUCGCUUGGAGCCCUGCAGACACUCGCUGGAGCAACAGCUGGCCUCAACGUCAGCUCUUUGGCAGGGAUGGCUGCUUUAAAUGGUGGCUUGGGCAGCAGUGGCCUUUCAAAUGGCACUGGAAGCACCAUGGAGGCCCUUACCCAGGCUUACUCUGGUAUCCAGCAAUAUGCUGCCGCUGCACUCCCCACUCUGUACAACCAGAACCUGUUGACACAGCAGAGUAUUGGUGCUGCUGGAAGCCAGAAGGAAGGUCCAGAGGGAGCCAACCUGUUCAUCUACCACCUCCCCCAGGAGUUUGGAGAUCAGGACCUGCUGCAGAUGUUUAUGCCCUUUGGGAAUGUCGUGUCUGCCAAGGUUUUUAUAGAUAAGCAGACAAACCUGAGCAAGUGUUUCGGUUUCGUAAGUUACGACAAUCCUGUUUCGGCUCAAGCUGCCAUCCAGUCCAUGAACGGCUUUCAGAUUGGCAUGAAGCGGCUCAAAGUACAGCUCAAGCGUUCAAAGAAUGACAGCAAGCCCUACUGAGUGCUCCCCUCUGAGACUGGAGUGAGAGGGUCUUCUGGCACGCCCCGAAGACUCGGCUACUGCCUUCUGUGGGAGUUUCGCUUCGUACAGAGGACAAGUUUGUGCUUUGGUUUCCAGUGUUUUACUUUGGAGUUUAGGUGCCAUAUCCUGAGAUUUCCCCCACCCCCUUUAUUUAAAAGUUUGCCGUGUUUGUAACCAGUGUGUGUUGAGAUGGACCAACACCAGACCACCCUGGGGGAGGGAGAAUGGGGAUGUGUCUUUAAAAGAUGAAGGUCAGGAUUCUCCCCAAACCACCCCAAGAGAGGACUGAGUGGAACCAAGCACGACCCUUAGAGUCCCCAGUGGCUGGGCCUGGCGUGGGGAGUUCUGGAGGAGAGGCGCUGACCUGACUCCUACUGCCCUGCAGCUACCCAGCUGCCUUCCAUGGAAAUACACUGAGUUUCCACCACCUAUUUUCCAAAUUCUUGUCCUGGAUUUCUGCCCCUCUUUCCUAAAAGGGGUCAACAAUUCCCUGGAAAUAAAGCACCUCUUAAAUUAACUGAUUUACGCAAAAAGCAGGGAAACAUCACCCAUUCCUGGCCUUCAAGCCUCCAUUGGUAUUGGAUUGCCCUGCCUGGCUAGUGGCUGUUGGGAGAAACAGCCAAGGAAGGUCUUUUUUUUUUUUUUUUUUUUUUUUUUGGUAUGGGAAAGCGAGCUUACCAACUAACCACCGCCGCUUACAAGGCAGGUGCUUAUACCGCUGAACUAAAUCCCCAGCCCAGAAGGUCAUUUUUAGUUAAAUUAACAUCAGAUAAGACCCUGACCCAUUUCCAGCAAGUCCCCCUUUUUUCUAAAGGCCUCUGUGGAAGACACUGCUGGGUCUCCUUCGGUGGAGUUCACCCCAAGCCACAGUUUUCUCCCGAAGGCUGAUCUGCACAGUGUGCUCCAGGCAGUGAUCAGGAGCCAUCUGGUUGUCCAGAAGGAGCUUGUGCCUUGGUGGCCGGAGCCACCGGGUCCCUCCAGGCCAGGCUGUUGUUUUACUUGCAGCCCAGGGCCUCACACUGCGGAAAAAACAGAGGCAGCACUUCCUCCUUGGCUGAUUGAGGUGUCCCAGAGGUGGGGUUCCCAGAGUUAUGCAGAUACCUCCACCAGCGCCAGUCCCAGCUUCGGCCCCUGGGGACAGAGAAACAGCACGUUUACAGCCUUUGUGGAUUAGUGUUCAUUUACCUCAGUAUUACUGUGUUCAUUUUGUCCUCAUUCUUAGUUAGCUGCCCACCGCCUCUCACAGGCCUCUCCAACUCAGGCCUCUGGGCUCUCCCUCUGCUCCAAGCAGUGCUGUGGGUGGGAGCCUGUAGGGACGUGCAGUUGAUGGGACACCCUGUUGGAGAGGGCUGGGUGCCUCAGCUCCCUGGGAGCUUACCCCACCCUCAGCAGUAGGAGUCUGCCCACCACAGAGAGCAGAAUGAAGGGACCUCGGGACCGCUGUGCUGCAAGUCAGAAGGGCGCUCUCGCUACCAUGCUGUACCUGUGGUAGCAGCCAGGGCCUGACCAUCUUGCUGCAAAUAUUGGUGGUACUGGAUUAUCCCACUGGAGUAGGGACAGCCACUCCCUUCUCAGUGAUAACUGGGGUCUGUUGUCCUCUGAGAAACGUGAAACGUACCCAUCUUAAGCGGAACCACGUAAACUUGAAUUCUGCACACUGGGAGAAAUGUGUCCUGUGUUUCAAAGGAGAAAACUGUUCUAAAGGCUUCCAGGGUCAUGAUGGGAUUUUUUAAAUAAAUGCAAAAAAUAAAAAGAAAAAAGAAUACAAAAAAAAAAAAAAAAGAAAAAAAGAAAAAAUGCUAGGUUGGGGGAGACGCUGUUCUGAAUCCCAACCAGCUGGAACCAAGAAUGUCGUUUCUAUUUUUAUAGAAGUUUUAUACAGCUCCGGGGUGGAGAAUAUUUAUUACCUAAAUUAUAUCUCUGGAAAAGGCCAGGAUUUUAUAGAAUCCAGAAUGUGAUUGUUGUACACACAGGGUGCUGUGUAUGAUUGAAACUACUGACUUUCUAUGGCGUUCGCAGCCCAGCUAACCUGCCCAAGGGGAAGGCAUUAAUGCUGUGAAUUGGCAGAGGAGAGAGCUGUGCUCCCUGGGUGCUGCCGGCACGUGCUCCCAACCUUCUGUUCUAUCUUCCUCCUUGGCCAGAGCUCUGCGCUCCCGCCCCUUCCUCACCGUUGCCUGGGGGUUGGUCCUGGGCUCAGGUCCAGCCUGCCACCUUGGAUCCUGUGAAGGCCCACACCCGCUCAUGUUCUCCCUUCCCAAAGGAGCAGUGUCCUGUGGAGCCCUGGCUGCACUGGCAGCCAGUGAUACCAUCGACCCCUCUGCCCAGCAUGUUGCACCACAGCGUGCUGCCCUUGAUCACAGUUCUCUCCUGGGCCAAAGAUGGUUUUGUGAAGAAGCCACUCCCCUCCAAGUCUCACCAUGUGAGAGGGCUCAGCCUGGAGAGUGGAGGCUCACAGCCAAGUCUUAAGCAAUCCUUUUCUGUCGUGAAGGUGUCACUUACAAUGUGCUUUCUGCUGUAGUUUCUUCCUUGGUUACAUCAUGAAAUUGAUUUGCCUUGAAUGUGGCCAGACCACUAUCUCCUAGGUCCCACAUGAGUGUCUAGGGCCGGUAUGGAAGCUAAGGGCUUGGAUUUCUGGGAACCAAGGGCUCUCCCCACAGGUUGGAGCAGAAAUCCCAGCUCUCCUUGCUGAAGGCCCCACCCCCCACCCCCACCGCAGCCUGCAUCUCUGCUUCCUCCCCAGGAAAGGAGAGGCAGGGCUCUGCCCCCAGAGACCUUCUACUAGCUCUGGGCACUUCGAGGGAAAUCCAAGCCUUAGGUUCCCUUCUGUCUCUGGCAGCUGGAUGUUUCUUGGUGUCCUCCGUGUCCUUUUUGACUCUUCCCUGUGUCCAUCGUUAGCAUGUGCAAAGUCCCCUGUCAUCCCGCCCCGCCCCGCCCUGCUCCUCAUCCAGGGCUGUCCACACAGUGAGUGUCCUGUUCUCUCUCUCUGUUUGGAUGUAUUGCUCUGUGUAACUCAGUGGGUCUCCCUCUUUCUGGUUUGUUUUUUUUCUAGAUUCCUGCCGUUUGUUCAUCGUUGUGCCUAAAGCAUGUCGAUGUGGCGUCAAGUACAUCGUCCAAAUCCCUGUCUCUUCAGCUUCUCUGAUGCUUGAACUCUCACCUUUGACCUUGUGUUGACCUUUGAUGCUGAUGUGUAUUUUUAUUACGUUUGUUUCUUUGUUUUUUCUUUCCUUUUUUUUUUUUUUUCUUUUCUUUUUUGUGCUGCCAAAAUUGGUUUUGCUAGAACGACUGCUGAAGGGGAAAUAUUUAAACAUGCAUUUGAAUAUAAAAAAAAUCUAUUUUUCUAGAACUUCAUAAGAUAACCACUUGAUUUUGUGAUUCCAAUUCUUUGUAAUUGUCUUCAGAGCAGCCCUACUAGCACAUACCGCGUGGUGUUUGUGUUUCUGUGAACACACAGCCAGUCCGUUUCUAGACUUUGUUUCUGUGUGCUUAGUUUUAAAGACAACUUUAAAGUAAACAAUGAAAUAAAGGAUGUCACUAAAACCUUUGAGGCUCCUGAGCACAUUUUGCUGAUCCAGUUUGUGGGGCUUGAGGAGACGGCAUGUGUUGUUAUUUUUGUUUUUCUGAGUUCUCGACUGCAGAGCACACCUGAACCCCUCCUCUCCUCCGACAGCAGGCUGCAGUUUGGGCCCCAGCCAUCCCUUUUCCUUUUCUUCUGUGGUCUUCUUUGGGGUGACUCUGCCAGGUGUCCAGGACCCCUCCAGCCAUCCCUUGGGCCACAGCUCACCUCCAUGCUUGUCCUCCAGUCUCCACAGCAAAAUGUGAUGCUUUGAUCUUUUUGUUUUUGUAUUGUUUUGUGCUUUUAUUUUGAAUAUUUUUCCCACUGAUUAUGCUCAGAAAAAAAAGUUUUGCAUGUUUCCUGCUAUUUCUUCACACCUUCGUAUUUAUCACCUUCACCUCUCUGUUUUCUAUAGUUUUGUGCAAAAACUGACCGAUUUAAAAGGGUUUCAAAGAAGCUGUUUUAAACUGUUGUGGGGUUGAUUAUUUUUUUCAAGAUUGUACUGUUUUAUUUUGAAGUGGCAACUUUCUCCUCUAUUGCCCAUAGAGCAUGUGCCUGUGCACUUAGACUGUCACCUCGUGUGGCGUGGGGUCUCAGCAGGGAGCCCCGGACCUGGGCCACUCUCUUCCCAGGGAAGGGAAGGGGAAGGGAAGGGAGAGAGAGAUGGGGCAGCCAGGGAAGCAGAGACAGAGCCCGAGGGGAAGGGGCCAGGAGCCCUAGCACAGGACCAGCAUUGCAGCGGGAGGGCGCUCUAAACCUGAGGGGCCCGCCAACUGAGUGGCAUGACCUGCCUAGGUGACAAGCACAAUACCAGUCUUCACACUGUUUACACCCCUGACCACCACCCACCCCAGCUGGCUCUUCCCUGGCUACUGGGGUGGGGACCAGGGUAGAGGUUCAUUUUCUUAAUUGGGUGAAAAGAGCCACAUAGCUACUGUCCCUGGGUGCCAGGCCAGCCAGUGUUCAGGCUCCCCAAGAGGAACUUACCCUCUUCUCUUGUGGCUCCAUUCGGCCUCAGGGUCUUGGGACUUGAGGAAGAAUGUGAAUGGAGGGGGAGAGGCCAGAGGACAGGAUGGGUCUGAGGAAAAAGGAGGGAGCUGAUGGCGAGUCUCCUGGCCCUAAGCGCUGGGGACAGGAUUGUCCUGAGGGUGGAGGUGCUGAGGGAGAGGAGGGAUCAGUAGAAGUACUGGUCAGCGCUGUGCGCGCUGGGGUGAGGAGGGGGGUCCCUGCCAGCUGCCUGGGCAGAGCUGGAGGCUGCUGCUUCUGGUAGGGCAGCCGAAGGAUAGACGGGUGGGGCCCAGGAGGUGGUGGGGAGCCAGGCCCUUGCCUGUGCCCACGCCCACAGUCUGACUGCACAGAGCCGCCCUUCCUGGGACUGAGAAACUGUGUUUGCCAAUGUAUUUGCUUUCAAUUCCAAGAGGAGCACUGGGAAAACCUGUGGAUAAAACCAAAUGCCAAACGUUGGACGUUGUUUCCUUUUCCUUUUCUCUCUCUGAUUGUUUUAAUUGUUCUGUGGUGGUUUUAAUGGAUUUGAGACCCUGGAGCGGCAGCUGUCUUUCUGAUUUCCAGCUGCUUUUUGUGAAUAAUUUAAAAAGAAAAAAAAAAAAGAAACUUUACAUUUUGGAGACAAACCUGUGUGAGUUUUUUAUUGGUACAAACGUAUUUAACACUAGGGAUUUUGUACAGUUUUUUGCCUUUUCUACUAGAAAACAAUGUAAAGUGAUUUCACAAUGUGAAGAGAAAAAAAAUGCCACUAUGACCAAACGCACAGUCUGUUCUGCAGCAACAACGGGAUUCAAUCAACUCGAGUCGUGAUUCAGCCGUAGAAAUGCUUUUCCUGGACCUUGUUUGAGCUUUCUUUCUUUCCUGUUUUGAUUUGCAAAAGAAAAUGUCUUUUUGUGUGAACUUGUGUUGUACUCUGUAGAAAAUUAUGGAUUUUACUUUAAUGGUUUAAAAAAAAAAACAGGUAAGAAGAGCCUUUGUCGCUUUUCUCACCCAAUCACAGAGUUUGUGUAGUGGAUUAAAAAGAAAAAAAUUGUUACAAGUUUGGAGCAAGGGAGUAUGUGUUUCAAAGGACUUGCCUUCCUUUUUUGUGUGUUUUUCCUUUUGUCCCAAUGGGAAACCUAAAUCUGUUUUAAUUGCACAGACACACGGACAAAAAGUCAUUUUGUAUCUGCCAAGUGUGGUACCUUUCUUUAUUUGCUAUUAAACUGUUUGAGAAGAACA